AUGAAACUUACACUUGAAGAGAGAAAAUCAUACCACAGCAUAGCAUUGGAGGUAGUGAGACCUGGGACAUUUGACGCAUUCAAAAGUCAUCUCAACUCGCGUCCUAAGGGCUUCUUUGAUAUUGUUCACUUCGAUGUACAUGGUCGCGUUACUAUUCAGAAUAAGUAGGUCCUCAUAAUUGCAUUUUUCUGUUCGCCAUGUCACUAACUCCACAUAGGCAAGAUCAACAACGUUCUAAUACCUCAUAUCUACACUUUUUGCAUGAAGGUUUCUUGCGAGGAUACUCGGAAGAUGCAAAGAACAAUUUAGUUGGGAUCCCAGCAAAGGCUAUUGCGGAUGAACUUCACCGACGUCAAGUUCCCUACGCUGUGUUAAAUGCUUGUAAAUCCGCCAAUCCAUUCGGAGGCAAUGAAGAGAAUUUGAGUCGACUCUUCUCGAUGGAGAAUUCUCUCAAGAUACUUGCUAUGUCCUACAACAUAUCUGGUGCGGCAGUGAAACUCCUCUGCGAAAGGUUCUACCACAGUUUCUUUCAAGAUCUUGACUCAUUUUCAGACUCGGCACGACAGGCACGAAAAGGUCUUCGCGAUUAUCGGAUACGGGUUGAGCUUUAUCCUCGUAUCGAAGUGCAAGAUUGGUUUGUGCCAGUCACAUACGCCCAUCUCGAUGGUCAACUGCCCAAAUCCACCGAAAAGUCGUCACGACCAUGUUUAAAUGUUUCCCUUCGUUCUCAUUCGCGCAUCAGCACGAGGAGUGUCUCGUCAGCGUCAAGCUACAUGAGCUCAAAGAGCGUCGAGCACGAUAAUCCAAGGUUUUUAGCUCUCCAAAUAAAACCGGAUCUUGUAUUUGAGCGACAGCUCAUGCGUGACAAUGUCGCACGUCUCUUUGGUUAG